GCCCCUUUGCAAUCCACUAGCUCUCCCCUUUUCUCCUCUCCUUUGCCACCACAUUCCAGGAAAGAAAAAAGGAACAGUAUCUCAGAGCAGUCCAAGUGAGGGUAGAGAAAUACUUUUUUUUGUUUUCCUUUUCUCCAUCUGGGAGGAGCCCUCCCUGGUGAGUUAGUACUCAGGCUGACUUCCUGCUCUCAGCUGUGGGCCACAACACAGUCUGUCUGGAAGCCUGUGAGGAGACCAAGGAUCAGAGCUCACCCUCCCAAGCCCCGAGCAGGAGUUGGGAGACAGAAGCUAGCAGCUUCAGCAACAGGAUGUCCACAAAAGACGAGGCCACAGAGAUGAUUCCCUUUGAUCCUGUAUUCCUGAAAUUCAAAAGACAUAAAGUGAUGAUUUCAAAUGCAAUAAAGAAGCCAUUUGCUUUUCUUGAGGUACUCCGUGACAACAAUCUCAUCACUGAAAAAAUGUACACAGAUAUUAAAGAUUCCUGUACAAACCUGGUUCCUGUACCCCUAGAAGAACUGGAGAAGAAAUUUGACCCGAAUGUUCUAGAGGUAUUGUUCAGUCCUGGAAAUCUGAUGGAAUACCCAUUUCCAAAGACUUUGAAAAGGUCUUGCCACAGAACAAAUUGUGGUCCAAAGAAAUUGAUAGAAGGGACCGGAACUCACAACUCAGUCUUGAACAAGGACCUGUUGACAGCUGCUGUCAAGAAAGCCUGGCCUGGUAACCCUCAGGUCCCUCCUCAUCUGAUGAAUGGAGAAGUAAUGAUGGAGGAAAAACCACCCUCACCCAGGGAAACCAAACAGAGUCAUCAAUUCUCCAUCCCCCAGAUUCACAAUGACCUUACCAGAGAUAAUUCUGAUGAUGAAAACAGCUGCUUAGAGGAAUCCACCUCAGGCACCUGCCAGUCAAGUAAGGACACCCAAAGAGCAAGACAGGCUGUGGGCAUCUGCUCUCAAGGAUCUGGUUUCCCAUCUGGCCAGGGGCCCCGCUUACAAAAUGCCCUCGCUCCGUUUCCUGGAUCCCGCUGUGGGCCAAGAUUCCUCUCACCACUCAGAAGGGUCUUCAGGACCAGGAUCAGGCUCCCCGUUUACCAGGGACCUCGCCAACAAAAGGCCUACCACUCUGCAGGCCAGCCACCAAAACAGAGAAACUCCCACUGCCCUCUGACUCGAGCUCCUGACCCAGCGCCCAAACAGGAGCCUGUAAAUUCCAGAAAUCCUCCUACAUCCAUAAACACACAUAGGAGAAGAGAUGCUGCGCGCCCCUUCCUUCCUGCUCCGGGUACUCCGCUGGAACCUUGGUUUCGUGAGUCUGGUUUUGCCAUUAAACUUGUUCAAAUACCUAUUAUUAUUGGUCUUCAUUAAUCCAAACCGCCACAUUUGGUGUGCC